CGCAGCCAAAGGAUAAAUCGAAAUCCAAAGCGAAACACCUGUUAAUUAGCAUGGAAAAUCGACACACGCGGAGGGCGCACAGACCAACAUCCAGACAACCUCCGCCGAGUUUUGCAGACCGUCCCGUCCGUCUCCACGAGAACGUCCAGACUUUCUUUCUCCCUCAAGCUUAGUCCGUCAUCGAAAACGAUGUUUAAGCCGACGUCGCCUCUUCUCUCCGGUCUUCUCUGGAAGAUCCCAUGGCGCCUCUCCGCGCCCCAGAAGGCGCGGCAACGCAAGCGUCUCCGAUCGGUGGACAAGGUCAUUGAUACGGUCACCGCGGCGCUGUACAAGAAAGGAUUUACCGCCAAGGCUGUCGAGCAGUGGAAUCACGAGAUGCCUCGCGAGGAGGAGAUGCUGCCCAAGGACAAAUACACGAUUUUCGACCGGAAAGAGAAGAAAUACCGCAAGGGGAUUCACAAAUUGCCCAAGUGGACCAGAGUCAGCCAGCGUGUGAACCCGCCUGGUUUCUAAACGUGGUCGGAGAAGGAGGAAAUCAUCUACAAACCAACACAAU